CGCGGCUUCUCAAAAAUGGCGGCGGCGGUGUGAAGACCGGUGCCGGCUCGCGGGAGUAGUGUGACAGAAUUUCGUUGCUGUCGAGGAUGAGACCCGAGGAGAGAACACCAGGAAGUGAUACAAUGGGACGAACAGCAAAUGAAGAUUCAAUGGAAGUCAAGAAGGAGAGUCAAGAGAAAACUCCUCACUCAAGCACAUCAUCUGUGCAAAAUGAUGAUUUUCAGUGGGACAAAUAUUUGAAAGAGACUGGAUCUUUAAGUGCUCCUGCAGAAUGCUUCAGACAGUCUAAGAUUCCACCAGCAAAUGACUUCAAAGUUGGUAUGAAAUUGGAAGCUCGUGACCCUCGCAAUGUUACUUCAGUAUGUAUUGCUACAGUUAUUGGAAUUACUGGGGCCAGAUUACGUUUACGACUGGAUGGCAGUGACAACAGAAAUGAUUUUUGGAGACUUGUCGAUUCCCGGGACAUACAGCCUGUUGGGACAUGUGAAAAAGAAGGAGACUUACUUCAGCCUCCACUGGGCUACCAGAUGAAUGUAUCAUCAUGGCCGAUGUUCCUUUUGCGAACACUGACAGGAUCUGAAAUGGCACCUGCAACUUUCUUUAAGCAGGAACCACCAAAGCCACCCAUAAAUAAUUUUAAAGUGGGGAUGAAACUGGAAGCUAUUGACAGAAAAAACCCAUACUUGAUCUGUCCUGCAACCAUUGGAAAUGUUAGAGGAGACGAAGUUCAUAUCACGUUUGAUGGAUGGAGUGGAGCAUUUGAUUAUUGGUGCAAGUAUGAUUGUCGAGAUAUUUUUCCAGUUGGGUGGUGCUGCCUAACAGGAGAUGUAUUGCAACCACCAGGAAAUAGUGUUCCUAUUGCAAAGAACAUAGGAAAAACACAGUCUUCUUCCAAAGCGGCCCAGCAGUCAAUGCAGCCUCCACAGAAAACUGCUAUAGUACAACCAACGCAGCAGGUCAAGAAAUCAGGUCGAACUAAAUCACCUGGACAUACUUCAGUCUCCAAGAAGGGCAGUUCUCUUAAAAAUCCCACACCAAAGAAAAAAGGCUCAGGAAAAAAGGAGAAAUGUAUUCCUGUGUUGUGUUCAACAUCUUCAGCUUCUCUAAGUUCUCUGUUCAGAGACCGUGGUAGUUCAUAUGAUAAGGAUGCCAUUCCUGGGACAUCUAAAAUAGUGAUGUCUACAGUCUGUGUCUAUAUAAACAAACAUGGAAACUGUGGUCCACACCUGGAUCCGAAGAGAAUCCAGCAGCUACCUGACCACUUUGGCCCAGGCCCUGUAAAUGUGGUGCUCCGUCGGACUGUGCAGGCCUGUGUGGAUUGUGCCUUUCAGUCUAAGACUGUUUUUGGACAUCUUAAGCCAGAUAAUCGUGGAGGAGAAGUGAUAACUGCCUCUUUUGAUGGGGAAACUCAUUCCAUUCAGCUUCCUCCUGUGAAUAGUGCAUCAUUUGCUCUUCGCUUUCUUGAGACUUUCUGCCACAGCCUGCAGUGUGAUAACCUUUUGAGCAGCCAGCCUUUCAGCUCCUAUAAAAGUAAUAUUCAUAGCCCUACAGAGCUUGAUAAAGAUAAAUCAGUGAAAGAGGAAAUAACAGGAAAGAAAAGCAUCAAACGAUCUCCUCAGCAACCUGUACCUUGUAGUGUUCCUGUCUCUCCUAAGCUGCUCAAAACAAAGAUGCAUGCCUCUAAAGAAGAAUUACUAUCUCCUGAGGGAGAGAGCAUGCCCAAAGAGGAAAAUCUCCCUGAAGAUUCCAAGAAUUCAUCACUAAAUUCAGGAGAGUCUUUGAAUCCUGUCUGUAGAAAUCUUAUGCAAACUUCAUUCUACAAGAAUUUUCCUCAGAAUGCACCAGGCACCUCAAGUUCGACACUAGUUGGGACCAAAUCAUCUCCCAAGAGCAGUUACUCUGAAGAUAAAUUCCAAAUGCAGAAGAAAAGUGAAGCUCCAAGUUAUAUAGCUGUACCUGACCCCAGUGUCCUGAAUCAAGGCUUCUCUAAGGACCCUUCAACCUGGUCUGUGGAUGAAGUGAUACAGUUUAUGAAACAUACAGAUCCUCAGAUAUCAGGCCCCCUCGCCGACCUCUUCAGGCAACAUGAAAUUGAUGGGAAGGCUCUGCUGCUACUGAAGAGUGAUGUGAUGAUGAAGUAUAUGGGGCUGAAGCUGGGACCAGCAUUAAAGCUAUGUUACUACAUUGAAAAACUUAAAGAAGGAAAAUAUGAUUGAAAAAAAUGUGUAUUGACAAAAUUUCUCAGGUGUACUGAUAACAUUUUAAUUUUAAAAGUAUUCUUUGAGCAGUUUUGUUUUGUAGAAAUUUCUUCAAAAUGUUCUUUCAGAAUUACAUUAAUAGUCUAGUCUAUUUUAAAAACCAUUUAACAUGAGAGCAUUAACAUACCCAAAUUGGCAGCUCAUUCUUUGUAUUUUUGUUACUUUCUUUGUGUAGUUUACAAAUAUACUCCAUUCAGUAAACAGAGAAAAACCUUUGAUUUUGUUUAAUCUUUAUAUGUAGAACCAAAACAGCUAAAUCCCAAAGGGGAAAAUGUCAUAGAUUAAAUCCAUAAGAAUUUUUUCUCAGAAGAGAUGUACCUACCUGUAGCUAUCAUAUCUUCCUCAAUAUUUUGGUCUGAUUCUGCAGUGUUCUGUUCAUGUUUUAUCAGUUUCUAGAAAGGGAAUAGCCAUAUAAAUUAUUUUCCUUUCUGUUAUUAGCUCUCUCAGUGUGGUACUUCUUCAUAUUUAAAGAUUAAAAAAAGCUUAUAAGCUUCAUAAAGUGUUCUUAUCAGUUUUUGAUAAUAACAAUAGGAUAGAUAGAAUGAUCAUUUUGUGCAGAUGUUUAUACUACAAGUGUGGUUUAAAUGGAGUCAGAUUAAAUUUCUUUCAAUAAAUACCUGUUAUUUUAAAACUUUAUAUAUUUUUGCUAAGCUUGGACAUUAAGUACUCAUUCAUUUCUCACAUCUCUUUAUCAAAAUACCUGUGUCCAAAUGUUAAAAGAUAUAUAUUUUAUUGUAUGUGUUUAUUCCUCGUGGAUACUUUACCAUAUUUAUAUACUAUUGUAUACCUAUAGGUAUACAUAAGUAAAUGUUUUCUUUUUGAAUUUAAUAUGGCACUUUGCACUGCCACAGAGUGAUUAUGAAUUAUGUAUAUAGUUAGAUGUUUUUAUUCCUUAAAAAAUAUGUGCAUCAUUUUCUAUCACCAGUACCUCCUAGCUUACUCUUCAGGUGAUAAGAAACAAUCCAUAGAUUGGUUUCCAUACAGGGAAGUUUUCAGUCCUAUGCAAUGUUUCUAAUUAAUUUGAUUAGUUCUGAGCCAUUCUGCUACAUUUUGAAAGAUACAUUAGUACUGACUUAUUGUUUUGGACUUUAUUUUAUCAGUUAGAACUUUCAAAGGGAAACGGUGCUAUAUGUUUAUUGUUAUUUUUGCAUAAUUUUGGUAUAAUGUUUAUAAGCUAUGAGAAUCAGUUAUAGAAGUAUUUCCUAUAAAUGCCAAUAAAAUAUUCACCAGGGCAAGAAUGUACAUUUUCUUUUUAGAAAACCAAAUCUACUUCAGAUAAGAAUGCACUUAUUUAAAGGAUUGUUUCAUCUGUUACUCCUUAUAAGACUAGAUUCUUCCUUAAACUUGAUCUUCUUUCAGAUUGUUUGUAUGAAGAUUCUGUGCUCAUUUGAACAGUCCUCAGGUGUUUGCAUAAAUACUAUGUUUUACGGUUUUCGUAUUUAAAAUAAAGUUAAAUAACUACAGUAA